UAAGUUUUCUUUCGAGCUUCGUCCAUUUAGGUCAUUUAGGUUUGCUUUCUCUGGCGUAUUGUUUUCCAUCGUUUUUAUUGGCGCCUUCGAUUUCCAUUUAAAAAAGCUUGUUCAAUCGGCGAUUGUGAAGGGUUUUGAUAGGUGUGAAGGUUUCGCUCUCAAAAUCUUGUGCGUACUCGCUCUGCUUCUUAAUCUCGUGGCCAAUUCGUUCCAAAAACCUAACCCUAAAACGGCAAAAAUCACGCUUUGGCAGGCUCACGUGUAACUCGUCAGCUACGGCUUACCCUCCAGUCUUCUUCCCGCCACCACCGUCCUGGGAUAUGCCGUGAACCGGACCAGCGGGGAGUUUACCGUCAAGCUCGGUGGCGCGUGCAAAAUCAAGCUCCCGACGGACAACUACGUUGCCACCUACUCCGACACCAUCUCUUGGAAAAUCGUGUAGGGGUAAAUUGCGGAACUUUACGGAAUUGGGGUUCGCGCAUUCUUCAAGUGGUGGUCGAUCACCGGAAUCCGCUCCUCCGACGUCGAUAUCGUCUUCGAGGUCGGCAUGGUGAUGGCGAAGUAUCCAUCGAAGAAUUUCGAUGAUAGCCCCGCGUGCGGGGGCCAACACUCUUCUUGAGGAAAAUGUUAGUUUUUUUUUUCGCCUCAGUUUCAUGCACAAUGUUUCUUUAUCACACCAGAAACGAGCUAUCAGGAGUUUCAUAGGUUGCCCUUCUGCUAAAGACUUUGCAGCACUCUGGGGGUUUGAAUUGAAUGAGAUUGAAAACUGUGCCAGUCAGGAUCAGUUUGAUUCAGUUUCUUGUGUUUCUGUGGAAUUGAAUGUAGCACAAGUCUCAGGAAAGCCUGAUAUUCAAAAUGGGGUCCCUUCACUGCUAGCUGGGGCCAAACUUGAUGAGGAAUCGACCAGUCAACAAGGUCAGAUCUACGGUUUACGGAUGCGAAUGAGUAUCGUGCUUUAGGAGAUUUGCAGUGAUUAGAGGGAGUGGAAUUGCAGGAACAAUUACAAGUUAUGUAACAACAGAUGGUUUGUCGGUGGGUAUUACACGAAGAUAAUGCUCAUCGCAGUAUGGUAUUGAAGAAAUGUGGCAUGCUUUAGGCAUUGAUUAAUUCAUGAAGUAGGACAACAUGACCAAGUUGAAUACAUUGAAGUAUGGGAACAGAUAUUGAACAUAAUGUACAUAUUUUAGGUUGUUUAGUUUCUGUAAUGAAGAAUAUGUUGUAAUGUUUAAUGUUUAUGAAUUUUACGAUUGAUUAUAAAAUGCUUUAUGGAUGAAAAUUUAAGUUUGGUUAUUCAUAAAA